AUGGAGGGUAAUUCUACGGGCGGCGGCGGCGGAGGAGGAGGAGGAGGGGGUAAUGAUGUGGAGUUGCUGUGCAAGACGCUGCAGGUCGAGCACAAGCUUUUCUACUUCGACCUUAAAGAGAAUCCUCGUGGGCGCUACCUUAAGAUCUCGGAGAAAACCUCGGCGACCAGGUCAACCAUCAUAGUGCCUUCCAAUGGCAUCGCCUGGUUCCUCGAUCUCUUCAAUUAUUAUGUCAAUUCCGACGAACAGGAUGUGUUCUAUUUUGAUGUUGGCGAGAACAGAAGGGGACGUUUUCUCAAAAUAUCCGAAGCUUCGGUCAGCCGCAACCGUAGCACUAUCAUUGUCCCUGCAGGAAGUGCCCGAGAUGAAGGGUGGGCAGCCUUUAGAAACAUCUUGGCUGAAAUAAACGAAGCAUCUGGCCUUUUCAUCCUGUCCAAUCAGCAUGAGCAGAACUCUGAAGCCCCAGAUCGCCUAGUUGGGCUCUCAGAUGAUGUCGGGGCUGGUUUUAUUUCCAGCCACAGUUCUCAACCUACCUCAGCAGCUGGCUUGAAUAUUGACCGAUCUUCUGAUCUGCCCCCACCUGAUGACAUGGGUAACUUGGGAGUCUCCAAAGUGAUAAGAGCUGAUCAAAAGAAGUUCUUUUUUGAUCUUGGCAGCAAUAACAGAGGUCAUUUUCUGAGGAUAUCUGAGGUGACUGGUUCAGAUCGCUCAUCUAUCAUCCUUCCACUUUCUGGGCUGAAGCAAUUCCAUGAAAUGGUGGGUCAUUUUGUGGAGAUUACUAAGGACCGAAUUGAGGGGAAGACUGGUGCAAAUGUUCGGACAGUGGAUCCUCCUCAAAGUGAAUAA